CUUACUAUAUUUACCCUUCCUUUGCAUCCCCCUCAAAAAAAGAGGGCGCUCCGGAGGCAGAAAUAGAACUAGCCAACAGAGCCCCAAAAUUGGGUAUUAACUGAGACAAACAACGGGCAAACUGUUUUUAAAAGGAAGGGAGAGGUAGACUGUCCCUUUCAUUUCAUUUUUAUUUUCUGCAAGGUAGGGAGAAGCCUUGCGCCUUCUUUUUGUGAAGGCAAGUGGCUUCGCAAAUUGCUCAAUUUUGCCCUCUAGGGCCCGGAACUAAUGAAUAAAAAAGGGUUGGAUACGCCCCUCUACCAUAUCUAGAGAAAUAGAAUACUCCUUUUAUAGAGACUGCUAAGUGCGGAGACGGGAAUCGAACCCGUGACCUCAAGGUUAUGAGCCUCGUGAGCUACCAAACUGCUCUACUCCGCUCUGUAGUACCAGAAACUGGUGGACAAAAAAGGCUUGAAUACAAGCCUUUAACAUGUCUAGACAAAUAGAAUACUCCUUUUAUACAGAAUGGAGCGGGUAGCGGGAAUCGAACCCGCAUCGUUAGCUUGGAAGGCUAGGGGUUAUAGUCGACGUUGGUUGAUUAUUUUUAACGUCUCUAAUUCAAAACCGAACAUGAAAUUUUGAUUUCAUUCGGCUCCUUUAUGGAUAUUCUCACCACUUAACAUCUAUGUCAGCUUUUCUAUUUGAAUGGAACCAAAGCUCUCUGCUUUCUAGAUGAUCCUUAUAGAGUAGGAGAUAGAAAUUCUAUCUAAAUCCAUCUAAUCUACUUACUUCGUUCCCUAAUUUCAUUCAAGAGAUCCUGAGGAAAAGAAUUGGGUUUCCACCGAGCUGAAACAAUAUGCGGAUGGUUCUAGUAAACCAAAACUAUCGUUUUUUAGCUAUUUGGCUUCCUUAUCCUUUAACAAAAGAAGAUUUAGUUACGAUUGGAAAUCAACUUUUUUGUAUCUUCAUCCAUAGAUCCUUUACUCAUAUUUUCAAAAUUGGAAUACUUAAAUCCAAUGCAAAAUUAUGCUUCGCGACUCUGUACUCAUAUCAUAAUCCAAUUUUUAUUUUGGAUGCAAUUUAAAUUAGUUUUUGGGUACAAAUCGCCAGAAUGUAUAUUCUUCCUCAAUAUGCUAUUGAGAGGAAAAGGAUUUAAUCCUUUAUAAGAACUAAAGUUUUCAUCGGAAUAUAAAAAAAAACUUAAGGAUGCCUUAAGUAUAUCAUUUCAAAUUCAGUUAUUAAUAGAACGAAUCACACUUUUACCACUAAACUAUACCCGCUACAUUGUAUAUUAUGGUAUAAAUGGUACCCUUUGUCAAGGAUAGCCAUUUGACAAGGAGGCUAAUUCCCCCUUAUUGAAUCAGAUGGAGAAGGUUCAUGACACUGAGCCAUUGGUACUUCUACUUCGAUCGCGCGCCUUUACUUUAGGAUUUAGAUAGCCCCUCUCCCUCUGGUCUGUAAAAUAAAUCUCUUCUUACCCUGCUAAUAGCGCCUGAACCAAAUGUAUUUAUUUUGAUUAGGAUCCUAUCCUAUUCUACGGUUACGACUACAAUAAUCAUUAUUUACUUUGCGAGGACGUAAGUGUGCCAGACUGCUAAAUUGUUUUAUUAUUCCUACAAUAUAAACUAGGGGAUAUAGGGGGUAACACUGUCCCUAUAAAUUCCUUUUUUCCUUUUCUUUUUUGUCCAGAAUUGAACAAAAAAGAAAUUAUAGAAGAUGUUUUCUUCCCCCAUUAAGUCCGAGCCAUAGAGUAAGAGUGAGAUGAGUUUUCCAAAUUCAUCAUAGACUUUCCCUAUGGCUUGAUAGAAGUAAGAAGCAAAGAGUUGUAACUUAAAGAGUCGUAACUUAAAGAAAAAAACGGACAGGGCUGACAGAUUUACCUGAUGUAAAGAAGAUCCUAAAAGUCUAUGAUUAGUCGACUCUCUCCAUUUAACACUUUCCUCUCUCUCCUUUUUUCCACUGACUCAAUGCUAGUUUAUUAGAUUCUUGUUUAAAAGAAUCAAAAAAGUUCAAUAGAACUAAGAACACAUAAAAAAUAGCAUAGAGGAUCAAGGCCAUUACCAAAAGUUCCUCCCAAGGAUCCUAUCCUAUUGGGUAUCUGUUCCCUGCCUUUUCCCGCUAGGAUUGGAAAUCUUAUAUUUUCCAUAUACCAUUGAAUCCUUGGGGUUCCAGAAUCCGCCUAUUUUACUAGCCUUCGGAAACGGAAAACCAUGAACCAAGAAGAGUUGGGUAUGUUUUUUUUUCUUAAUUUUAUUUUGAGCUCUCAAGAUAUCAAUACAUAUACAAUCUAUACAUAAUGUCUCUCUCUAUAUCUCUAUAUAUUAUAUAUAUAUAAUAUGUACAUUAUGCAGUAGACCCAUAAUGGGAAAUCAAAGUGGCAAAUUUUUGAAUUAAAUAAAAAGCCCUUUUAACUCAGUGGUAGAGUAAUGCCAUGGUAAGGCAUAAGUCAUCGGUUCAAAUCCGAUAAAGGGCUUUUUAAAUUAGUGGUAGAGUAAUCUCGUGCUAAGACGUAAGUCAUUGGUUCGAAUCUGAUAGAGUACUUUUCUACUAAAUUGAUUCGCUUUUUUCUUUGUUUUUGAAGCUUUCUCUUUAGAGAAUUUUAUGACUUAGUGCGGGAUGAAUGCAUUUUUGGUCUGAACACUAAAUGAAGCACGGAAUGGAAAUAAAAAAAAAAUUGGACUCUUUUUCAUCUUAUCUUAGAUCAAUAAAAUAACUACCUGUACUGAACUAAUCUAGAAUCCCUUUUAGUAAUCCAUUCUUAUUCUAUACAUUUAAAAUGAAUUUCCCUAAAAGGUAGAGGAUGAUCCAUGAAUUAAUCUAACCAUCAACUAAAAAAAUCCUAGAUGAAAACAUAGCAGAAAAGUUAGAAAAACUCUUUGCUUUGGAUCUAGUUAUACUUUUCGAGUAUAUUGACAAUUCAAAAAAACUGCUCAUACUAUGAUUAUAGUAUAAUCACGAGCGGUUGUAUAUGGCCCUAUCGUCUAGUGAUGCCCCUAUCGUCUAGUGGUUCAGGACAUCUCUCUUUCAAGGAGGCAGCGGGGAUUCGACUUCCCCUGGGGGUAGGGAGUAUUAUGAAAGGAGGUUAAUCAUAGAUUAGCAAAAACCCUAGAAUAAAUUCUUCCUGGGUCGAUGCCCGAGUGGUUAAUGGGGACGGACUGUAAAUUCGUUGACAAUGUCUACGCUGGUUCAAAUCCAGCUCGGCCCAAAAAUCUAGGGCUUCGUGAAUAUGAACUAAAUCCUUUUGUUUUUCUCCCAUAAAAUAAAAUGUCUGAUCUAUAGAAAUAAAAGAGAAAUAAAAAAGGGGAUUUUUUUUUCUAAUCCAUAUCUCUCUCAUUCCUUUCUUACAAACAAAAGAGUUUUUCUUGUUGAAGGGUGGAUUAUUAUCCAUUUUUAGUGAUAAAAAAUCACGACAUACUAGUUAUGUCACUCUCACUAUACCCACGUAUAAUAUAAUAUUAAUAUGUGGGUAUGUAGUAUAUGAUUCGUCUAUUUCUUAGAGUACGACAGACGAAUCGAAUCUUCUUAUGGUUCUAUUUAAGAAUGGGUAUGCCAUACACCCCGCGGGGAUUGUAGUUCAAUUGGUCAGAGCACCGCCCUGUCAAGGCGGAAGCUGCGGGUUCGAGCCCCGUCAGUCCCGAACUAGGGUUCAAUGAAUGGAGAAAUUCAUAUUUCCUUUUUCCAUGAAAAAAAAGGGGCAGGGAGCAAGAUCAAAUACCCAUAGGGCACCCUUACUUCACUUUUUUAUUUUGCAUCUCUCAUUAAAGAGGGAGGGAAGGAGUAUAGGAAUUUUUUUCACUACUCCCGAUCGAUAAAGAUAAAGAAAGACACACAUACGAUAUGUGGAUUAGUAGAAUUUUAGGAUAUUACUCUAUCUUUCUUUAUGAUGAUACCAUCCUCAUCUUAAUUUCCUAUUCCACUGUUAUGGAAUAGAGUACCGGUAUUUUACCGGAAUCCAUACAUAAAUUGUAUUCCCUUUUUAUUUCAGACCUCUUUUCCCCAUCUCACUUCUACUGCUUAUUUGGAUGUCUAUGUGACCCAUAGAAAGUUGCUCAUAUAAUACAUACAUAAUUGUAUGUAUAACUAUAAGAAAAAGGAAGAGAAAUUGUAUAAGAUUAAGAAAGCUCGUGGGUUAGAGAUAUAGAAAAGAAAAAGUAGAAAAAAAAGGAUUAAAAAAGAGGGAAUUCCUAAUCCAAUCAAAAAACCCAUUUUGGUCUUAGUAUGGAUAUAGGAUCUUCCUAUGUUAUACUAUAUAACUCUCAUCCAUGAAUUGAUUUGAUAGAUCCGAUAUUCAUAAUAUUGAAUUGAUUCAGUAUUAUCAGAAUGCAAGCCCUACCCUUGAAUUUACAAGAUACCCCUUUUUCCUCUCCAUGGGAUUACAUCCCGAGUUAUUGUGAAAAUAAAAAAUAAAGAGGUUAUGGAAGUCAAUAUUCUCGCAUUUAUUGCUACUGCACUGUUCAUUCUAAUUCCUACUUCUUUUUUACUUAUUAUUUAUGUAAAAACAGUCAGCCAAAAUAAUUAAGUGGAAUUCCAAUUAAUCAUUGAAGAAAUGAAAAAGGGAUUAAAUAAAAAAAAUCCAAGUCUUAAAUGAAAGGAUCUGGUUGGAAUCUUAAAGUGUGGUAGAAAGAACUACAUAUAGUUUUUUCUACGACACUUUAGAGUCUUUCUAUUAUAUUAUCUUUGAAUCUACAUAGAAUAGAUUAGUAGAUUGAAAUAGUUAAGUAGUCUAAUUCAAUUUCUUUUUUCAUUGCAUCCACUUAAUUUCAAUCAGGUCAAAAUAAAAAAAUCGAAGACAAUUCUUGACCAAAGAAUCCAUGGAAGGAAAGAAAAAUAAUAUAAGAAUAGACUAUAGUAAAAAGUAAAAGGAAAAAACCAGCGAAUCUUUCAUGCUUAAAUAUCCCGCGAGAUGCUUCAAAAGAGAAUAAAAAUUAUUCUAAGAAUAAAGAAAGAGUAUAAAACAAAUGGAAAAUGUGUGAUAUGCCGUGAAUAGUUCCGUGGAAGAAAGUCUAAUUUUCUUAUGUAUAGAACUUUUUUUAACCAUUAGUCAUUUCUAGUAGAAAUUCUUAAUUGGUAUAAUGGCUCUUUCUUACAAUACAAGAGUUUCUUACAGGAGUGAAACAAAACUAAAGAAAAAGAUUAAAGAAUAACGUUUGACAAAAUAAUUAAUGCAAAACGAUCAAUUAAAAAAAGAAUUGAUACAACAAUUUGAUUACUUAAUCAAUUAGUAGUAUCGUAUCCCUAGAGUCCACUCCUUCCCCAUACUACUAGUGAAAGAGAAAAUGUAAAGACUACCAUUAAAGCAGCCCAAGCGAGACUUACUAUAUCCAUCUAAAUUAUGUCUCCUAUUUCUAUGAAGGGAUUAUUCUACUAUUGAUCAAUAAUCAUAGUGGAAUCAAGGGUACAGAGUCAAAAAGGGCUUCUGCCCUAAGGCCAUGGAUCAAUCAGUUCAAGGAAUUUACUCCUAACAAAUUCUUAUAGGAAUUCUUGUAGAAUUAGAGAGCAUUAAAAAUACGAUACUAUAAAGCCCUUUUUUCCUUACCUUAAAAAAGAAAGAGUACGGGAAUGAUGUCCUGAAUAGAAGAAGCGGGAAUAGGAAGAUUUUUUAUUCCUUUUGUUACUCUAGUGUAUGUAGGUCACAUAAGAUGUACGAUAAAAAAAUGUAUGAUAAUUAGGAAGUCUUGAUAUUCUUUCGUGGAGUCCCUUCUGGAAUCUUAGAUUGAAAAAGAGAAGAAUGCCCCUUAGGGACCUUUCUUUGGAUACCAAGAUUUCUGACAUCUUAUCCUCGUAUUUAAAAAUUCUCAAAUCGAAUCAAUUAAGAACCAAUUCAAAUUCAUAUAAUAAAAGAAUAAGGAAACACUACCUCACCCCUAUUGAUAACCAUUUUGGCCACUACCGCCAAAACAAACCCUAACCCUAGUUUAAGGAUAGAACUAUGGUAUGGUUUCUCUAAACCCAGUAUCGGCAGGCUUAGUUACUCUCUUGCCCGAACUUAUGCGAAGUAAAAAUUGAUUGAAUUCGAUCAGUACUAGAAAACCUAAGUAUUUUAUUGAUCAGGCGGCACCCAGAUUUGAACUGGGGAUAAAGGAUUUGCAGUCCCCUGCCUUACCGCUUGGCCAUGCCGCCAAAAAAUCCGAUCGAAAAUCUAGAAAACAGCAAGUAUUCAUCCACGUUUUCUUACGAAAAGCCCCUUUCUUUUAUUUUGAAUAUAAUUAAACUUACUUUUUUCCAAUCUUUUUCAAAAAAGAUACUCCUGCUUUUUUUGAUCCAGUUUCGAUUAUUCUCCUCGAUAGAUUCUAUCUUAAAACAUACAUUGCUAACACAAUAAAACUUCCCAUUUCUUUCUAUUGAGAUGAAAAAGAAGAAAAGUGGAUUUCUAGUCACAGGCUGCAAAAUUCAGAACAAAUUGGAACCAUUAACUAGAAUUCUCUUUCUUUUUUGAAUUGCAGUAGUGAACUACUCUUAAAUCGGUAUUAUCUCCCCCCCUUCAAUUUCAAUGGCAUAAUAAAAUAUUAUGGCUUUAUGCUUAAUCCGUGUAUAGGUGAACUUUAGGUCCGAGCAGCAUUAUUAUCCAAAGAUCCCCUUUAUGUACAUAUCUCUAUGGGGAAUCGUGCUUUAAUUUUUCAAAGUAUUAAAUUAAAUAUCUUGAAUAAAAAAAGGAAAUUUGCUCUGAUAUUAGAGUAUAACCUGACUAUCUUGGCCUACCCAAGUGAAAUUACGAUAAAAGAAAAGCAUGGAUAUGGGGAGAGGUGGAUAAUUAGAUUGGCAUGUACUUAAAAAAGGGACUUACUUUAUUUUAGAAUUCCACAAUGAAAUACUUAAUUUUCUAGCAAUUAUACUACUCCGAUCCGAAAUAAAAAAGAACCCUCAAAUUAUUUUUAGAAAUUAAAGUAAGCACGCUAUUCUAAAUCGAAGUAAAGUAAAACUUUCUAGUGUAUUAUAUUACGGCUUUAUUACAUUCAUAGAAAGGGGAUAAAAUGAGAAAUCUUUGCCAUUCAAUCUGAUUAGAAUAUUAUAAAGUAUAAGUGGCAUAAUUUUUUUUGUAGGAAUAUUUUAGCAAUUCAUUUUCAUUUCAUUUGUACCCCUGGUAAACUAGAAUUUUCGUCGAAAUGGUCUCUAUUCAUAUGUAUGAAAUACAUAUAUGAAAUACGUAUGUGGAGUUCCCUAGAAUUUCAUGUGAUUCAGUAAACAGAAUAUAGAUUCCAUGAUUGCUAGAUCAAUCCGUAGGGAUUGAUGAAGAGUGAGCUGAUAAUGGAAUUUUUCUUUGAUAAACAGGAAACUUAAGAUUAAGAUGCUCCGGAAUGGAAACGAGGGAAUGUCCACAAUACCCGGAUUUAGUCAGAUCCAAUUCGAGGGAUUUUUUAGGUUCAUUAAUCAAGCCUUGGCAGAAGAACUUGACAAGUUUCCAACAAUUAAAGAUCCAGAUCACGAAAUUGCAUUUCAAUUAUUUGCGAAAGGAUAUCAAUUGCUAGAACCCUCGAUAAAAGAAAGAGAUGCUGUGUAUGAAUCACUCACCUAUUCUUCCGAAUUAUAUGUAUCUGCGAGAUUAAUUUUUGGUUUCGAUGUGCAAAAGCAAACCAUUUCUAUCGGAAACAUUCCUAUAAUGAAUUCCUUAGGAACCUUUAUUAUAAAUGGAAUAUACCGAAUUGUGAUCAAUCAAAUAUUGCUAAGUCCUGGUAUUUACUACCGCUCGGAAUUAGAUCAUAAGGGAAUUUCUAUCUACACCGGGACUAUAAUAUCAGAUUGGGGAGGGAGAUCGGAAUUAGCAAUUGAUAAAAAAGAAAGGAUAUGGGCUCGCGUGAGUAGAAAACAAAAGAUAUCUAUUCUAGUUCUAUCAUCAGCUAUGGGUUCGAAUCUAAGAGAAAUUCUAGAUAAUGUUUCCUACCCUGAAAUUUUCUUGUCUUUCCCGAAUGCUAAGGAGAAGAAGAGGAUUGAGUCAAAAGAAAAAGCUAUUUUGGAGUUUUAUCAACAAUUUGCUUGUGUAGGUGGGGACCUGGUAUUUUCGGAGUCCUUAUGCGAGGAAUUACAAAAGAAAUUUUUUCAACAAAAAUGUGAAUUAGGAAGGAUUGGUCGACGAAAUAUGAAUCGGAGACUUAAUCUUGAUAUACCUCAGAACAAUACAUUCUUGUUACCACGAGAUGUAUUGGCCGCUACGGAUCAUUUGAUUGGAAUGAAAUUUGGAACGGGUAUACUUGACGAUGACGAUAUGAAUCACUUGAAAAAUAAACGUAUUCGUUCGGUUGCGGAUCUGUUACAAGAUCAAUUCGGAUUGGCUCUUGGUCGUUUACAACAUGCAGUUCAAAAAACUAUUCGUAGAGUAUUCAUACGUCAAUCGAAACCGACUCCCCAAACUUUGGUAACUCCAACUUCAACUUCAAUUUUAUUAAUAACUACUUAUGAGACCUUUUUUGGCACAUACCCAUUAUCUCAAGUUUUUGAUCAAACGAAUCCAUUGACACAAACUGUUCAUGGGCGAAAAGUGAGUUGUUUAGGUCCUGGAGGGUUGACGGGGAGAACCGCAAGUUUUCGGAGCCGAGAUAUUCAUCCGAGUCACUAUGGGCGUAUUUGUCCAAUUGACACGUCUGAAGGAAUCAAUGUUGGACUUACUGGAUCCUUAGCAAUUCAUGCGAGAAUUGAUCACUUGUGGGGAUCUAUAGAGAGUCCGUUUUAUGAAAUAUCUGCUGAGAAAGCAAAAGAAAAAAAAGAGAGACAGGUGGUUUAUCUAUCACCAAAUAGAGAUGAGUAUUAUAUGAUAGCAGCAGGAAAUUCUUUGUCCUUGAAUCAAGGUAUUCAGGAAGAACAGGUUGUUCCAGCUAGAUACCGCCAAGAAUUCUUGACUAUUGCAUGGGAACAGAUUCAUGUUAGAAGUAUUUUUCCUUUCCAAUAUUUUUCUAUUGGGGGUUCUCUCAUUCCUUUUAUUGAGCACAAUGAUGCGAAUCGGGCUUUAAUGAGUUCUAAUAUGCAGCGCCAAGCAGUUCCACUUUCUCGGUCCGAGAAAUGCAUUGUUGGAACUGGAUUGGAACGCCAAACAGCUCUAGAUUCGAGGGUUUCCGUUAUAGCCGAACGCGAGGGAAAGAUCAUUUCUACUGAUAGUCAUAAGAUACUUUUAUCAAGUAGUGGGAAGACUAUAAGUAUUCCUUUAGUUAACCACCGUCGCUCUAACAAAAAUACUUGUAUGCACCAAAAACCUCGGGUUCCACGGGGUAAAUCCAUUAAAAAAGGACAAAUUUUAGCAGAAGGAGCUGCUACAGUUGGGGGGGAACUUGCUUUAGGAAAAAACGUAUUAGUAGCUUAUAUGCCAUGGGAAGGUUACAAUUUUGAAGACGCAGUACUAAUUAGCGAACGUUUGGUAUAUGAGGAUAUUUAUACCUCUUUUCACAUCCGGAAAUAUGAAAUUCAGACGGAUACGACAAGCCAGGGCUCCGCUGAAAAAAUCACUAAAGAAAUACCACAUCUAGAAGAACAUUUACUCCGCAAUUUGGACAAAAAUGGAGUUGUUAGGUUGGGAUCCUGGGUAGAAACUGGUGAUAUUUUAGUAGGUAAAUUAACGCCUCAGAUAGCGAGCGAAUCAUCAUAUAUCGCAGAAGCUGGAUUAUUACGGGCCAUAUUCGGCCUUGAGGUUUCCACUUCAAAAGAAACUUCUCUGAAAUUACCUAUAGGUGGAAGAGGGCGCGUUAUCGAUGUGAAAUGGAUCCAAAGGGACCCCCUCGACAUAAUGGUUCGUGUAUAUAUUUUACAGAAACGUGAAAUCAAAGUUGGGGAUAAAGUAGCCGGAAGACAUGGGAAUAAAGGGAUCAUUUCCAAAAUUUUGCCUAGGCAAGAUAUGCCCUAUUUGCAAGAUGGAACACCCGUUGAUAUGGUCUUCAAUCCCUUAGGAGUACCCUCCCGAAUGAAUGUGGGACAAAUAUUUGAAAGCUCGCUCGGAUUAGCGGGGGAUCUGCUAAAGAAACAUUAUAGAAUAGCACCCUUUGAUGAGAGAUAUGAGCAAGAGGCUUCAAGAAAACUUGUGUUUUCAGAAUUAUAUGAAGCCAGUAAAGAAACAAAAAAUCCAUGGGUAUUUGAACCCGAGUACCCGGGAAAAAGCAGAAUAUUUGAUGGAAGAACAGGCGACCCCUUUGAGCAACCUGUUCUAAUAGGGAAGUCCUAUAUCUUAAAAUUAAUUCAUCAAGUUGAUGAGAAAAUUCAUGGGCGUUCUACUGGGCCCUACUCACUUGUUACACAACAACCGGUUAGAGGAAGAGCCAAGCAAGGGGGACAACGAGUAGGAGAAAUGGAAGUUUGGGCUUUAGAAGGAUUUGGUGUUGCUCAUAUUUUACAAGAGAUACUUACUUAUAAAUCUGACCAUCUUAUAGCUCGCCAAGAAAUACUUAAUGCUACGAUCUGGGGAAAAAGAAUACCUAAUCAUGAGGAUCCUCCAGAAUCUUUUCGAGUGCUCGUUCGAGAACUACGAUCUUUGGCUCUAGAACUGAAUCAUUUCCUUGUAUCUGAAAAGAACUUCCAGGUUAAUAGGGAGGAAGUUUGAUCGGAAUAAAUAUAAAUUCUUUUCUUAUUUCUAUUUUAUGAUUGACCAAUAUAAACAUCAACAACUUCAAAUUGGACUCGUUUCCCCUCAACAAAUAAAGGCUUGGGCUAACAAAAACCUACCUAAUGGAGAAGCCGUUGGCGAAGUCACAAGGCCCUCUACUUUUCAUUAUAAAACCGAUAAACCAGAAAAAGAUGGAUUGUUUUGCGAAAGAAUCUUUGGACCCAUAAAAAGCGGGAUUUGCGGUUGUGGCAAUUCUCGAGCGAGCGGAGCUGAAAACGAAGACGAAAGAUUUUGCCAAAAAUGCGGGGUAGAAUUUGUGGAUUCUCGGAUACGAAGAUAUCAAAUGGGAUACAUCAAACUCGCAUGUCCCGUGACUCAUGUGUGGUAUUUGAAAGGUCUUCCUAGUUAUAUCGCGAAUCUUUUAGAUAAACCUCUUAAGAAGUUGGAGGGCCUAGUAUACGGCGAUUUCUCUUUUGCUAGGCCCAGCACUAAAAAACCCACUUUUUUACGAUUACGAGGUUUAUUCGAAGAGGAAAUUGCAUCCUGUAACCACAGCAUUUCUCCCUUUUUUUCUACCCCAGGCUUUGCAACAUUUCGAAAUCGGGAAAUUGCGACAGGAGCAGGUGCUAUUAGAGAACAAUUAGCAGAUUUGGAUUUGCGAAUUAUUAUAGAGAAUUCUUUGGUCGAAUGGAAGGAAUUAGAAGACGAGGGGUAUAGUGGAGAUGAGUGGGAAGAUAGAAAAAGACGAAUAAGAAAAGUUUUUUUGAUUAGACGCAUGCAAUUGGCGAAACAUUUUAUUCAAACAAAUGUAGAACCAGAAUGGAUGGUUUUGUGCUUAUUACCGGUUCUUCCUCCCGAAUUGAGACCUAUUGUUUAUAGGUCUGGAGAUAAAGUAGUGACUUCAGACAUUAAUGAACUUUAUAAGAGAGUUAUCCGUCGGAACAACAAUCUUGCCUAUCUAUUAAAAAGAAGUGAAUUAGCGCCAGCAGAUUUAGUAAUGUGCCAGGAAAAAUUGGUACAAGAAGCCGUGGAUACACUUCUUGAUAGUGGGUCCCGCGGGCAACCGACGAGGGAUGGUCACAAUAAAGUAUACAAAUCACUUUCAGAUGUAAUUGAAGGUAAAGAGGGAAGGUUUCGCGAGACUCUGCUUGGGAAACGGGUCGAUUACUCGGGGCGUUCUGUCAUUGUUGUGGGUCCUUCGCUUUCAUUACAUCAAUGUGGAUUACCUCUAGAGAUAGCAAUAAAGCUUUUUCAGCUAUUUGUAAUUCGCGAUUUAAUCACGAAACGCGCCACUUCUAAUGUCAGGAUUGCUAAAAGGAAAAUUUGGGAAAAGGAACCCAUUGUAUGGGAAAUACUUCAAGAAGUUAUGCGGGGACAUCCUGUACUGUUAAAUAGAGCACCUACUCUGCAUAGAUUAGGCAUACAGGCCUUUCAACCCACUUUAGUAGAGGGGCGUACUAUUUCUUUACACCCAUUAGUGUGUAAGGGUUUCAAUGCAGACUUUGAUGGAGAUCAAAUGGCUGUUCAUCUACCUUUAUCCUUGGAAGCUCAGGCGGAAGCCCGUUUACUUAUGUUUUCUCAUAUGAAUCUCUUAUCUCCUGCUAUUGGGGAUCCUAUUUGCGUACCAACCCAAGACAUGCUUAUCGGGCUUUAUGUAUUAACAAUUGGAAAGCGUCGAGGUAUUUGUGCAAAUAGAUAUAAUAGUUUCAGAAACUAUCCAAAUUUAAAAGUCAAUUACAAUAAUAAUAAUUCUAAGUAUAGGAAAGAUAAAGAACCCCAUUUUUCUAGUUCUUAUGAUGCACUGGGAGCUUAUAGACAAAAACUAAUCAGUUUAGAUAGUCCCUUGUGGCUACGAUGGAACCUGGAUCAACGCGUCAUUGGGUCAAGAGAAGUUCCGAUUGAAAUUCAAUAUGAAUCUUUGGGGACUUAUCAUGAGAUUUAUGCUCACUAUCUAAUAAUGGGAAAUAGAAAAAAAGAAAUUCGUUCGAUAUACAUUCGAACCACUCUUGGUCAUAUUUCUUUUUAUAGAGAAAUAGAGGAAGCCGUACAAGGAUUUAGUCAGGCCUAUUCAUACACUACCUAAACAAGAAAGUUAGAUUCGGCGAUGCCCCUCCCCUUUGCUUUCGGGGGGCAUUCCGAUUUCCCUAGUAUCAUCAUUAUUUGCCACGCGAAUCCAGAUUGAGAUUGAGGCAAUUAAGUUAAUUAAAUUUUCGAAUCACUGACUCAGGCCCAUUGUCGAAUCCUACUCAGCAAUUGUCGAAUCCUACUCAGCCGAAAAGGGGGUACUUAUGUAUGGCGGAACGGGCCAAUCUGGUCUUUCAUAAUAAAGAGAUAGACGGAACUGGUAUGAAACGACUUAUUAGCAGAUUAAUAGAUCAUUUUGGAAUGGGAUAUACAUCCCAUAUACUGGAUCAACUAAAGACUCUGGGCUUCUAUCAAGCCACUACUACAUCGAUUUCGUUAGGAAUCGAGGAUCUUUUAACAAUACCCUCUAAGGGAUGGUUAGUCCAAGACGCGGAACAACAGAGUUUUCUUUUGGAGAAACACUAUUAUUAUGGGGCUGUACACGCGGUAGAAAAAUUACGCCAAUCUGUUGAGAUAUGGUAUGCGACAAGUGAAUAUUUGAAACAAGAAAUGAAUUCAAAUUUUCGGAUAACGGAUCCUUCUAAUCCAGUCUAUCUAAUGUCUUUUUCAGGAGCCAGAGGAAAUGCAUCUCAAGUACACCAAUUAGUAGGUAUGAGAGGAUUAAUGUCGGACCCUCAAGGACAAAUGAUUGAUUUACCUAUUCAAAGCAAUUUACGCGAGGGACUUUCUUUGACAGAAUAUAUAAUUUCCUGCUAUGGAGCCCGCAAAGGGGUUGUAGAUACUGCUGUACGAACAGCAGAUGCUGGAUAUCUUACACGUAGACUUGUUGAAGUAGUUCAACAUAUUAUUGUGCGUAGAAGAGAUUGUGGUACUAUCCGAGGUAUUUCUGUAAGUCCUCAAAAUGGGAUGACGGAAAAACUUUUUGUCCAAACACUAAUUGGUCGUGUAUUAGCAGACGAUAUAUAUAUCGGUUCACGAUGCAUUGCCGCGCGAAAUCAAGAUAUUGGAAUUGGAUUAGUCAAUCGAUUCAUAACUGCCUUUCGAGCACAACCAUUUCGAGCACAACCAAUAUAUAUUAGAACCCCCUUUACUUGCCGAAGCACUUCUUGGAUCUGUCAAUUAUGCUAUGGCCGGAGUCCUACUCAUAGUGAUCUGGUGGAAUUGGGAGAAGCCGUAGGUAUUAUUGCGGGUCAAUCAAUUGGGGAGCCAGGGACUCAACUAACAUUAAGAACUUUUCAUACUGGCGGAGUAUUCACAGGGGGUACUGCCGACCUUGUACGAUCCCCUUCGAAUGGAAAAAUCCAAUUCAAUGAGAAUUUGGUUCACCCCACACGUACCCGUCAUGGACAGCCUGCUUUUCUAUGUUAUAUAGACUUGCAUGUAACUAUUCAGAGUCAAGAUAUUCUAUAUAGUGUGAAUAUUCCCUCAAAAAGCUUGAUUCUAGUGCAAAAUGAUCAAUAUGUAAAAUCUGAACAAGUAAUUGCGGAGAUUCGUGCCGGAACGUCCACUUUACAUUUUAAAGAAAGGGUACAAAAGCAUAUUUAUUCUGAAUCAGACGGCGAAAUGCACUGGAGUACUGAUGUUUACCAUGCGCCCGAAUAUCAAUAUGGUAAUCUUCGUCGAUUACCAAAAACAAGCCAUUUAUGGAUAUUAUCCGUAAGUAUGUGCAGAUCCAGUAUAGCGUCUUUUUCACUCCACAAGGAUCAAGAUCAAAUGAAUACUUAUGGUAAAAAAGAUAGGGAAAUUCUUGAUUAUUCAACGUCGGAUCGAAUCAUGUCCAAUGGCCAUUGGAAUUUGAUCUAUCCUUCUAUUUUUCAAGAUAAUUCAGAUUUGUUGGCGAAAAAGCGAAGAAAUAGGUUCGUCAUUCCAUUACAAUAUCAUCAAGAACAAGAGAAAGAACUAAUAUCCUGUUUUGGGAUUUCGAUUGAAAUCCCCUUUAUGGGUGUUUUACGUAGAAAUACUAUUUUUGCUUAUUUUGACGAUCCCCGAUACAGAAAAGAUAAAAAGGGUUCAGGAAUUGUUAAAUUUAGAUAUAGGACCCUAGAAGAAGAAUAUAGGACUCGAGCGGAAGACUCAGAAGAGGAAUAUGAGACCCUAGAACACGAAUACAGGACCCGAGAGGACGAAUAUGAAACCCUAGAAGAAUCUAAAUAUGGAAUCCUAGAAGACGAAUACGAAUAUGAAACCCUAGAAAACGAAUAUGGGAGCCCAGAAAACAAAUAUGGGAACCCAGAGAACGAAUAUAGGACUUUAGAGAAAGACUCAGAAGAGGAAUAUGGGAACCCAGAGAGCAAAUAUAGGACCCAAGAGGACGAAUAUGGAACUUUAGAAGAAGACUCAGAAGACGAAUAUGGCAGCCCCGGGGAAAGCGGCGAGGAAAAAUAUGGUACUUUAGAGGAAGACUCAGAAGAAGACUCAGAGGACGAAUACGAGAGCCCAGAGGAAGAUUCCAUCUUAAAAAAAGAGGGUUUGAUUGAGCAUCGAGGAACAAAAGAAUUUAGUCUAAAAUACCAAAAAGAAGUAGAUCGGUUUUUUUUCAUUCUUCAAGAACUUCAUAUCUUGCCGAGAUCUUCAUCCCUAAAGAUACUUGACAAUAGUAUUAUUGGAGUGGAUACACAACUCACAAAAAAUACAAGAAGUGGACUAGGCGGACUGGUCCGAGUGAAGAGAAAAAAAAGCCAUACGGAACUCAAAAUAUUUUCCGGAGAUAUUCAUUUUCCUGAAGAGGCAGAUAAGAUAUUAGGUGGGUGUUUGAUACCGCCAGAAAGACAAAAAAAAGAUUCUAAGGAAUCAAAAAAAAAGAAAAAUUGGGUCUAUGUUCAACGGAAAAAAAUUCUCAAGAGCAAGGAAAAGUAUUUUGUUUCCGUUCGCCCUACAGUGGCAUAUGAAAUGGACGAAGGAAGAAAUUUAGCAACACUUUUCCCGCAGGAUCUCUUGCAAGAAGAAAAUAAUCUCCAAAUUCGACUUGUCAAUUUUAUUUAUCAUGAAAAUAGCAAGUUAACUCAAAGAAUUUAUCACACAAAUAGUCAAUUUGUUAGAACUUGCUUAGUAGUGAAUUGGGAACAAGAAGAAAAAGAAAAGGCUGGUGCUUCCCUUGUUGAGGUAAGAGCAAAUGAUCUUAUUCGCGAUUUCCUAAGAAUUGAGUUAGUCAAGUCCACUAUUUCGUAUACACGAAAAAGGUAUGAUAGGACAAGUGGAGGACCGACUCCCCAUAAUAGGUUAGAUCGCGCCAAUAGCAAUUCUUUUUAUUCCAAGGCGAAGAUUGAAUCACUUAGCCAACAUCAAGAAGCUAUUGGCACUUUGUUGAAUCGAAAUAAAGAAUACCAAUCUUUGAUGAUUUUGUCGGCAUCCAACUGUUCUCGAAUUGGUUUAUUCAAGAAUUCAAAACAUCCCAAUGCGAUAAAAGAAUGGAAUCCUAGAAUUCCUAUUCUAGAAAUUUUUGGGCCCUUAGGGGCUAUUGUAGCUAGUAUAUCGCAUUUUUCUUCAUCUUACUAUUUACUAACGCAUAAUAAAAUCCUGCUAAAAAAAUAUUUGUUCGUUGACAAUUUGAAACAAACCUUCCAAGUACUUCAAGAACUUAAAUACUCUUUAAUAGAUGAAAAUAAAAGGAUUUCCAAUUUCGAUAGUAACAUAAUGUUGGAUCCAUUCCUUUUGAAUUGUCACUUUGUCCAUCAUGAUUCUUGGGAAGAGACAUUGGCAAUAAUUCACCUUGGACAAUUUAUUUGUGAAAAUGUAUGUCUAUUUAAAUCGCACAUAAAAAAAUCUGGUCAAAUUUUCAGUGUAAAUAUGGAUUCCUUUGUUAUAAGAGCAGCUAAACCUUAUUUGGCCACUACAGGAGCAACUGUUAAUGGUCAUUAUGGAGAAAUCCUUUACAAGGGAGAUAGGUUAGUUACGUUUAUAUAUGAAAAAUCGAGAUCUAGUGACAUAACGCAAGGUCUUCCAAAAGUGGAACAAAUCUUUGAAGCGCGUUCAAUUGAUUCAUUAUCCCCCAAUCUCGAAAGGAGAAUUGAGGAUUGGAAUGAGCGUAUACCAAGAAUUCUUGGGGUCCCUUGGGGAUUCUUGAUUGGAGCUGAGCUAACCAUAGCCCAAAGUCGUAUUUCUUUGGUUAAUAAAAUCCAAAAGGUUUAUCGAUCCCAAGGGGUACAGAUCCAUAAUAGACAUAUAGAGAUUAUUAUACGCCAAGUAACAUCAAAAGUGCGGGUUUCCGAAGAUGGAAUGUCUAAUGUUUUUUCGCCUGGGGAAUUAAUCGGACUAUUGCGAGCGGAACGAGCAGGGCGAGCUUUGGAUGAAUCGAUCUAUUAUCGGGCAAUCUUAUUGGGAAUAACAAGGGCUUCCCUGAAUACCCAAAGUUUCAUAUCUGAAGCAAGUUUUCAAGAAACUGCUCGAGUUUUAGCAAAAGCUGCCCUACGAGGUCGCAUUGAUUGGUUGAAAGGCUUGAAAGAAAACGUAGUUCUGGGGGGGAUUAUACCUGUUGGUACCGGAUUCCAAAAAUUUGUGCAUCGUUCCCCACAAGACAAGAACCUUUAUUUCGAAAUAAAAAAAAAAAAUCUAUUCGCGUCGGAAAUGAGAGAUUUUUUGUUUCUCCAUACAGAAUUAGUUUCUUCAGAUUCUGACGUAACAAACAAUUUUUAUGAGACAUAAAAACCCCCAUUUAACAUUUAACCCUAAGGAUACAUAAAACAUAUUUUUUACUUUACUAGACUUUUGAACUUAGAACACUAACAGGUUAAAUUUUAGAUUUUUAAGAUUUUUAUUUUAAUAAGUAAAACAAGUCAGUUAAUUCAUUAAAUUAAGGUUUUGUUUAUACCAUGUAUCAAUGUAUCAAUGGCCAACUCUUAGUACAAGGUUCUCUCAGAACAAUUAUUAUUUUAUUUAUUUCAAGCUAUUUCGGAUCUUUCUUAAUCUUCAAAAAGAAAUAAAUUCCGUAAUGGAAUGUUAGGAUGAAAAAAAAAGGAAGUGUGGAAAAAAUGACAAGAAGAUAUUGGAACAUUAAUUUGAAAGAGAUGAUAGAAGCAGGAGUUCAUUUUGGUCAUGGUAUUAAGAAAUGGAAUCCUAAAAUGGCCCCUUACAUUUCGGCAAAGCGUAAAGGUACUCAUAUUAUAAAUCUCGCUAGAACGGCCCGUUUUUUAUCAGAAGCUUGUGAUUUAGUUUUUGAUGCAGCAAGUCAGGGAAAAAGUUUCUUAAUUGUUGGUACCAAAAAAAGAGCAACAGAUUUAGUAGCAUCAGCUGCAAUAAGGGCUCGUUGUCAUUAUGUUAAUAAAAAGUGGUUCAGUGGUAUGUUAACGAAUUGGUCGAUUACGAAAACUAGACUUUCUCAAUUUAGAGACUUAAGAGCGGAA